AUGGCGGGAUGGUUUUCCUCAGGGACUACGGCUCUCGAUCAGCAGAUCGAAACAGCCACGACUUCCAGCCUGGAAGAAAUUGCCCUCAGCCUCGAAAUCUCCGACCUAAUCAGAUCCAAAACAGUGCAGCCUAAAGAUGCUAUGCGCUCACUGAAGAGGCGGAUAGGCAACAAGAAUCCCAAUGUCCAGUUGUCUGCCUUGAAGCUUACCGACACCUGCGUCAAGAAUGGCGGGGCGCACUUCCUAACCGAAAUCGCCUCACGAGAGUUUAUGGACAACCUUGUUUCAUUACUCAAGGCUUAUGGUGUCGCCGCUGUCAGUGAGGAAGUCAAGCAGAAGAUCCUCGAUCUCAUCCAAACUUGGGCCACCGCCACCCAAGCUCGAUACGAUCUCUCCUAUAUCAACGAAGUCUACAAGAGCUUACAAAGAGAAGGUUUCACAUUUCCUCCAAAGGUCGAUAUCUCCAGCAGUAUGGUUGACAGCAGUGCUCCACCUGAGUGGACUGACAGCGAGGUUUGCAUGCGCUGCAGGACAGCUUUCACAUUCACAAAUCGCAAGCAUCAUUGCAGGAACUGCGGCAACGUCUUUGAUCAGCAGUGCUCCUCCAAGUCCAUUCCUCUUCCUCACCUGGGCAUCAUGCAACCGGUUCGUGUUGAUGAUGGAUGCUAUGACAAGCUGACCAAGAAAGGAGGUGGUGGCACCAUCGGCGGGUCGGGCAGUGAACGUCGAGUAUCAUUUGCACCAAAAUCCAGUACGAUGCAGCCACGAAGUGCACGGAUAGAAAGCAGUAGCUUUGAUGAAGACCUGAAGAAGGCAUUGGAGAUGAGCUUGGAAGAGGCCAAGGGUAUCUCCAGUUCAGGAUACGUACCCCAAUCUACAUCCAAAUUAGAGCCUGCAAAGUCAAAUGGUGUGUCGAACGAGGAGGAAGAUGAUCCAGAUCUCAAAGCGGCACUGGCGUUAUCUCUAAAGGAGGCUGAAGAACAGGCUAAGAAACAUGCUGCAUCAAUGAAGAAAUCGGCCACAGAUGGAGCAUCCUCCACACAACCUUUUGUCAUGCCUAAGAACGACUAUGAGUUGUCACUGGUGGAGGCUGAGAACAUCAAUUUGUUUUCGACCCUGGUAGACCGACUUCAGCAUCAACCACCAGGAACCAUCCUCCGAGAGCCUCAGAUACAAGAGUUAUACGAAAGCAUUGGCAAACUUCGACCCAAGCUGGCCCGGACCUUGGGUGAAACCAUGUCCAAGAACGACGCUCUCCUGGAUCUUCAUGCCAAGUUAUCAACCGUGGUUCGCUAUUAUGAUCGCAUGCUUGAAGACCGCCUUAACAACACAUACAACCAGCGGAAUCCAGCAUAUGCUGGUUAUGGUCUUCCGUCCCCUGCUGCACAUCACCACGCUCCAAUGUACUCUUCUAUGCCCAUGGGACCACCACCAACAUUAAAUCAGGCUCCAGGAGGUGCAGAAAACUACUAUUUCUCGAAUGCCCCUGUCGAUACGUACGCCCCACCUGCACAAUCAACCUCGAUGCCUCAACCACAGCGUUCCUAUUCAUAUUCCAGUCAACAGCAAGAAGCCCCCGCAUCUCCUUACGCCCAAUAUGCUCAACAACCACCUCUUCAACAGCCUCAGCCCGACCAAUAUAACCAACCAGCCCCGUCCUCACCCCAACUAUACCAACAGCCAGCCCCUCAAGCACAACAAUAUCCUCCCUCGCAACCCUCCUCCGCCUAUCCUCAACUACCCCCGCCCGACCCACAACAGACCCCUACACCAUACAGCCAACAACAACGACAAGAAGCACCCACGCCACAACCACAGCCUCAAUAUCAACAACAACAACCGCCAUCUGCGCAGCAAACUCCGCAGCCUUACCAGCAAGCAAGCCAACCUCCACCGCAACAGCACUAUGCACCACCUUCCCAUCAACAGCAACCGCCUCAACAGCCGCCGCCGCAGCAGCAAUACCAAUACCCGUCAUACAACCAAGGCUCGUUCCCAUCUGCGCCCCAACACGACCCUUCGUACGGCCAGACCUACCAGCAGCAGCAUCAGCCUGCGCAACCGAAACCAGUCGCCGUGGAGGAGAGUCUGAUUGAGCUAUGA